AUGUUUUACCAGUUUCACGUUAAUGUUGAACACCAAGACUACCUUCGAUUUCUCUGGUGGAGAAAUGGUAAUUGUGACUCUAAACCUCAAGAAUUCCGUAUGACCGUUCAUUUGUUUGGGGCUGGGUCAUCUCCGGGAUGCUCAAACUUUGCUUUAAAACAAGCCGCGAAAGAUCACGAGAAAGAUUUCGGCACAAUUGUCUCAAAUUUCAUUCAGAAGGAUUUCUAUGUUGACGAUGGUUUAACGUCAGUUUCGUCUGUGAGUGAAGCUAUCGACCUAAUCAGUAAGAGUAAGGAACUUUUAUUGUGUUGUGGAAUACGUUUGCAUAAAUUUCUAUCUAAUUCAGCAGAAGUUAUUGAAUCUAUACCGUGUCAUGAUCGUGCGGAAGGAGUAAAGAAUCUCGAUUUGACUAUCGAUGAUCUCCCAACAGAACGUGCACUAGGGAUUGAGUGGUGCAUUGAGUCGGAUGCGUUCCGAUUUCGAAUCAAACUUUCGGAUAAACCUUUAACGAGAAGAGGUAUACUUUCUAUUAUAAGUUCGAUAUACGAUCCGCUUGGCUUCAUAUCUCCUUUGUUAUUAGUUGGGAAACAAGUUUUACAAGAAAUGUGUAGGCUUAACACUGGUUGGGAUGAUGUGAUUCCUGAAGAUUUGCUACCACGUUGGCAACGGUGGAGAGAUGAACUGUUUAAAAUUGAGACUCUUAAGAUUGAUAGAUGUUUCAAGCCUGAUGGUUUUGGAACUGUGGUUUCCGUAGGGAUUCAUAAUUUUUCGGAUGCGAGUACAUUCGGCUAUGGAGUAUGCUCUUAUUUGCGACUAGUGGAUGCUAAUCAAAGUGUUCAUGUUUCAUUAGUCAUGUCGAAGUCCAGAGUGACUCCGUUGCGAGCUAUAACUAUUCCACGUCUUGAACUGACUGCAGCUGUCGUUGCUGUCAAUGUGAACUUACUUAUUAAAAAAGAAUUAGGAUACCCUACAGUUGCUCAAUAUUUUUGGACUGAUAGUCGUGUCGUAUUACUAGUAUUAGGGUAUAUAAACAACGAUGUUCGUCGCUUUCAAACAUUUGUUGCAAAUCGCGUCCAGAAAAUCCGAGAUCAUUCACAACCGAGAGAAUGGCAUCAUGUUACAACGAAAGCAAAUCCGGCGGACAUAGCGUCUAGGGGCGCAUCUGCUAAUGACUUAGUUGAAAAUUCAAUGUGGUUUAAAGGACCAGAGUUUCUGUGGAAAUCUGUAAUACCGGAUGACAAGGAAGAUUAUUCGAGUAUCGCCUUUGAGGCAGAUGAUCCUAACAUUCGUAAAAUUAACUCUUUCGCUCUGAAAACCGAGAACAGUUUUGAUGUGAUGAGACUGAGUUUUUGUUCUAGUUGGUUUCAACUUAAAAAGGUUAUUGCCUACUGUUUACGUUACAUGUCUAUUCUUAGAAAUCGAAUUGCUAAGGACACUAAUAUUGAAAAUCCUGUUGGACCUUUAAGGGUUAACGAACUUAAUAAAGCAGAAAUUGUGUUAUUGAAGCUAGUUCAAUCAGAAGUUUUUAGUAAGGAGUUGGAAACUUUGCGAUCCGUGAAACAGCUUUAAAAUGAGUCUAAUAGAAAUGACAUUCGUUUGCGUCGGAAGUAUAUACAAAAGAAUUCAACUUUGAGUAAGUUAGAUCCAUUUUUGGAUGAUCAUAACCUUUUACGAGUUGAUGGACGACUUGGUAACUCAAGACUAAGUUGUGCUGAGAAAUACCCAAUUAUUAUGCCGCGUAAGUCUUUCGUGACAGAACUUUUAAUUGCUCAUCAUCAUGAAUUGUGUGAACACCAAGGUCGUGGACUUACUGUGAAUGAACUUCGUUUAAACGGUUAUUGGAUUCUGGGAUGUACCAGUGCGGUUUCGGAAUACAUUCAUAAAUGUGUUAAAUGUAGGAAAUUGCGUGGUCGAUGUCAAGACCAGAAGAUGUCAAAUCUUCCCGAGGACAGAUUGGAAUCCACGGCGCCCUUUACGUAUUGCGGAGUUGAUUGUUUUGGCCCUUGGUUGAUCAAAGAGGGGCGUAAAGAACUCAAGAGAUAUGGUGUUCUGUUUACCUGUUUAAAUUGUCGCGCGAUUCAUGUAGAGACUGUCAAUACCAUGACUACUGAUUCUUUUAUCAAUGCGUUGCGUAGGUUUUUAACAUUUCGUGGUCCAAUACGAGUGCUUCGGUGUGACAACGGGACUAACUUUGUUGGAGCUAAGCGAGAGCUUAAGGAUGCUUUCAAAGAGAUGAAUCAUCAACACAUCCGACAGUUCCUGCUUAAACGUAGUUGCGAUUAUUUCGAGUUCAAGAUGAACGUCCCUUCUGCCAGUCACAUGGGAGGCAUUUGGAAACGGCAAAUCCGUACCGUACGCAGUAUUCUUUCUUCAUUAAUGGACCAAUCCGGUACUCAACUAGAUGACGAGUCACUUCGGACAUUUAUGUGCGAGGCAGCUGCAAUCGUAAACAGCCGACCCUUAACGACUGAUACUUUAAAUGAUAUCAAUUCUUUAGAACCUCUCACGCCUAACAAUCUAUUAACUAUGAAAUCAAAAAUUCUGUUACCACCACCUGGUAAUUUUCAACAACCUGACGUUUACUCUAGAAAACGUUGGAGACGAGUACAGUAUUUGGCUAAUGUUUUUUGGUCCCGUUGGCGAGUAGAAUAUUUACAGAAUCUACAAACUCGACAGAAGUGGACUCAACCCAUUCGAAAUGUUCAAGUUGGUGACGUUGUUUUGAUUAAGGAUGCUGAAUCUCCCCGAAAUAGUUGGAACUUAGGAAGAGUUGUUGUUGCGGAUCCAGACUCAGAUGGACAUGUGCGAAAGGUGAAGAUUAUGAUUGGUGAUCGUGCGUUGGAUGAUAACGGAAAGCGAGUUAAUCCUAUAUCAUACCUGGAUCGUCCAAUUCAUAAACUAGUUGUUUUAUUGGAAAACUAGACCGGGGUGUUCCCCAUCGAGGAGCCUUCGUUUUUGCGAUUACGAUUACGUCAGUGCGUUGCGGGACAUUUUGUUGUUCUAUCUUGCCAUACAUAUAGAUGUAGGCCUAUGUACAUUUUCGUUGCGAUUUGGUUAGUGCGAUACGAAUAUGGGAAUUCGAACAUUCUGUAAUAAUUGUCAAUUUUAGUCUUGGUAAUGUGCGUAUAUUUAUGUACAUGUAACAUGUAAUAUCUUUCUGCGCAGAUUGCAGAGUGUCUUGUCAUGCUUCAUUUUAUGAAAAUUAAAUGUCUUUAAUUUUGAGGAGCCAUGUAACCGAUUCAUAAAUCGGGUCAGUUUGUACGUUGGAACAGCCUUAAGUUAAUAUGAUAGAAGAGCUUUUAGUUUAAGGGAUAGGUUAUUGUUAUUGUCUAAUAAUAUGAACUCUCUGGACUGUUGUAAUGUUUUUUGAUGUAUGUUUUUUAUGUAUAUUAAUUUAUUACGUUAUAAACUUCCAGGCUGCGCUACGCUUCGUAAAAUAGUAACCUAAAGCAUUGAUUGUUAAAUUGUUUAAUAUCCCUGCGUAAUUAAUGCUCCCUGUGUCAGUCUUGCAAAUGGCUUUCCUAGAAACCAUGUUUUUUCGUUUUUGCGUGUGGUCAAGUUAACAGGCUCUUGGAGUUUUCACGUCUGUGUUACCGGCAUGUCUUUUAAUUCAAGUCUGGAAGUUCGAGUCUAAGUUGUUUGCGUUCAUCAUGAUUGUAUGAUAUUCUACGUUAGGCUAUUUCCAAUGUUUAUACGAUGAUAUCCUCGUCCGAUGUCAUGAAGCAUUAAAGAGACAAUGAAUAAAGAUAUGUAUAUGGUGUA